AUGGUCGUCGAUCGCCUCUUAUCCACGCUGCUGCGCUCGCUCCAGACAUACACAGACCAGCAAGACACGCCGCGGCUACUGGGAACCGCGUCUUCACUCCUCACCACGCUCGGCAACCCCCACAAUCUCAGCCUCCUUACUUCGCACCUCCUUACCGCGCCCGCGCUAUGGGACCGUCCCGAUGGCGUUCGGACGCCUCUGCGCAUGCUUUCUGUCUUUCACUCGGCCGUCACCACCAUCAUCAACCACCACAACGACGUUCGGCACAACAAAGCAGCUAAGCUUGCGCCUGGACAAACGCCAAUAGGAGGAGGCCUUUCGCUAGACGAAUGGAUACGCGCCAUAGUCGCGGGAGCCGACGACCGGAGCCGCCGAUGGAAGCACUUGGUCGUCCUCGCCGGUCUGCUGAUCGGUAUCGGGAGCCUCGAAGAGCAAGGCAUGGACCUGUACUGGGCAUCAGCUAUGCGAAAGAGAGUUGAGGCUGCAUUGGUGCGCGCGACAAACCUCGCCUUGGUGGAAGUCAGGGAGCGUUCCGAGGCAGACGGACUGGGAGGCCAGACAAUAACACUGACGCUCAAUCAUGCCUUCGGAUGCAUCGGAGAUGUGGAAAGGACACAGCUUGAUUACGACCUGCUGCUCCCAGUUCUCAUUGGAACGGCAUACUACUCGAAUGAAGGCUUCCAGUCGGCCUACUUCCUCGGGAGCCUUGAUCUCGACGUACGAACGAUGCAAUCGGGGAAGCUGGACUGGAGUCCACAUUCUAGCUCUUACAGACAAGUCGAAAGUAUCAUGAACAGGCCCUUGGUAUCAUCUAUGGGUCCUCUAUCACGGCUAAUCGCGCAUGCCGUCGAGAACGUCAAGAACCCAUGGAUCAUCCAAACCAUGAUGGACGACCUCGCAAGCUUUUCUCGCGCUCUUACUACACAAUGGCGACAGACCAAGUUUUCAGAUAUCGAGCCGUCCGAGGAGGCAGCAAACCUGGAAGACGACGCGCUUCACAAGACAACUCCGCAGUUGUGGAACCUACUCAAGGCGGCUCUCUUUGCUACUACUAUCAUUCUGCGAGGCGUAUUCACACGAACACUAGCCGACAGAGCGCUCGCUGCAGACGCCAUCGCUCCCAUGCUAGCAUCACAAGCCCUACAAACCCUGCGGCACCUAUACUUCAUCACCUCCCGACUCGGCCCAGCCUCCUUUUCCCAGCACACAUUUGUCUAUCUCACGGCGAUAGACAUUCUCUCUGCCUACCCCAACCACGCCGAUAAGCUCCUCAAAACUAUUGCGCCUCAACACCUUGGCCAGAUACCAAGCCACCCACUUGACCGCAUACUGGACCUCUACUUUCUGAAUACAGCAGAACACUUCACUCUAAUCUUGUCGCCAGCCACAAACGAGGACUUACUUGUCGCGUCGGCGGUACCUUACCUUGCGGCUGGCGAGAAUCGCCAUAUGUUGCCAGUGUUCGAAGCCGCCCAUAGUGUCAUGCUUGCUGUGCUAUCUGCUCCACAAUCUGCCGAGAUCACAGCAAAACACCUGCCGUUCUACAUCGACGCUCUGUUCAGUGUUUUCCCUCACAACCUGUCCCCGCGCCAGUUCCGUCUAGCUUUCAAGACCUUGAUGCGUGUCACAGCUCCUCCUUCCACCUUAUCGGCGACCCAUCCCGAUCUCCCAGCCACGCUCCUAGAGCUUGUAUAUCAUCGCGCUCUCAACGCUCCUUCGCAGCCACUACCACCCGAUUCGGUUGCUUUGGCUCUACAAGGCUCAGACGCACCACCCCCCGCCCUCUCGGAACAGGCAGUGCUCGCUCUGACACUCAUAGAUGCCCUUCCUUUCCUUCCUAUAUACCUGCUGGAGGAGUGGCUGCCUCUAUGUGCCGAGCUACUCAAUCAAAUCCAUGAUGAUGAAAUGCGGGAGAACGUCAAAGCGCGAUACUGGGAAGUGUUAGUCAGCGGCGAGAUGGACGCAGAGCGUAGUGGUGUUGCUGUGAAUUGGUGGACAACAAGGGGAGGUCGAGAGCGGGUACUCUACGGAAGAGAGGAACAGUUGGACAUGAUGAGUGGUGCGCUACCUGUUGAAGAGCGACACGUGCGGGAGAGUCAGAAUGGUAUGCAAACGCCCGUCAGGGUCAGUGCUCUUCUGCACGGCAACAAACAAACGGCUGAUACCGCACCCCAAAUUGAACCCAUCUCACCCUCUUCCAAGUCAAAAACAAACAGCAUUUCGACUCUCCAACCAAGCGAUAUGCAGGGACGCAUGCUCGACCGCUACAUACCUGAUCGCGACAACGCAUACCAACGCAGGUCCGACACCCCACGCUCUUCUUCAACUCUUAUCAACUCACCCUUCCAAAGCGCUCCACCACCUUCAAGCGCCCACUAUACACGCAGACACUCAAGUCAACACCCCUCACCCAACGACACACCCACCGAGCUCGACAAAUCAUUACCCAAGAACUUCCCCCACCCCCUCACCUGUUUCUUCUGGCACCAAAACGGACGAUGCAACAAACGAGACAUCGAUUGCGCGUAUGCACACUACGACACUGGUUUCAUGGCUGGUGCGCCUGUUACUCCACUCGACUCAUCCAAGCCCCUCGCGGGUAGAAACCUGUCCAAUUAUAACAAGAUCCUCGAUUCCUCCGCCCUUGCUAUACCAGAUAUUCGUGACCGCGAGAUCGCCGUUAUGAACCGCGAGAUGGAGGUGGAAGAGCGACAGAGUGCGUUGGCGCGGCGCGAAAGUGUGGUGGAAUGUAGAGAGAGUGCUGUUGAGAGGAGGGAGAGGGAGGUAGAAGAGAAGAAGAGAUUGCUUGAGCGGAGGGAGGCGAAGUUGGCGAGGAAGAGGAAGGAUGGUAGGGUUUUGGAGAAGAGGGGUAAGAGGAUGGAAGUAGGGAUGGAGAGACGCUGA